AUGAAAUCCCUCAAAUCCUUAUAGGUGCCUGUUAAGGGUCAUUUCAAGAAAUCACGCUUCUCCCAAAGUUCUAAUCAGCCAUAGCUUAUGGAGUCAAACUCCCCUCUGCCAGUAAUUGAAAAAGACAGAGAAAGAUGCUAAUCUGAAGGGAAAUCAGAGCCAUAAUCGCCAUAUACUCCAUUACUCAAAUAAUUAUAAAAUCUUUAACAUCAAGAGUAACAGGUUAAAUCAGCUGUAAAUCCUAGAAUACUUGCAAUAAUUCAAUAAGAGUAAACUGAUAAGGACGCCUUCUAAAUGAAAGAACGCAAGGUAAAGACUUCUCAAUCCAAGUAAUCAACGAACUCUCCCAAUUCAAAUGAUAUGCAAAAAAAAUAUACUUGGGAUUCAUUAACAAGUGAAAAUUAAAAAUCUUAUUCUGAUAUCAUAGAUGGAGAAAACCUAAUUCAAACUGGAUAAAAUGUCAAAAUAAUUGGCGGUACAAAAUUGACUAAAGAAUACGCUAUUAAAUUGAAUCAAAAUAAGAAUUGCCUCCCAACGCGUCAAACUGAAACAAAAUUAAUAUCAAAUCCAAAGGAUAGAUUCCUAAUGAACAGAAAAAAUCUUUCCAAACUUAAAUCUUGCGAGAUAUAUGAUGAGUUUCCUCUUUUGGGAGAUGACCAUGAUUCAAAAUUUAAUUAGGAAUAGUAUAUUAUUAUCAAUGCAAGAGACCAAAUACGUCAAAAUUUACCUUCUAUCUCAGUAGGUAAUUUUGCAGGUGUUUCAAAUAGUAAUUUCAGAGAACCAUCCAUUAAGCAAGAAGACAGCAUCAAUUAAUGA